ACAAAAACCUUUUCAUUUUAGUAUAAAGCAGUAUGUUGAGUAUAACUGAUGGUCUUCGUGGGGAUAUCGUGUCUGCAUGUUUGUCUGGACCCGCUGUGGUUAUGUACAUAAUGUCAUUAAGUUUUCUUUAGCGACCCGAAAGGAUCGUUAACCACCGUGGAACUAAAGCGGGGAGUUGAUAGCUGUUUCUGGCGUUGACGCUUUUAAAAGUUUACCUCUUCUUUAGUCUACAUUUUUUUAUUGAUACAUUUUAUAUGGUCACAGGCUGAUUUGAAUCUGAUUCCAGUCUCAGCAAAAGUGUAGAAGAGCCAGGUUUUAUGUCUGAAAGCUUGAUUCACUAGAACAUGUGAAGGUUGCAGACGGGGAUUGUGAAAAGGAAAAAGUCAAGAGGACCGAGGAUGUCUGAGACGAUGAAGGUUGAAGCAGACGGACCUGGAGGCUUGGAGCCCUCCACGCCUGCAGCAUCCACGUCACAGCUGGAGGAAACAAAAGACAGCCAAGAUCUCAUUCAUCAGAUGUUGGUGGUCAAAGUGGUUCCUCAUGACUGGAGCCCGAGUUCAGAAGAGCAGGACCAAGAGUCCCCCCACAUAAAGGAAGAAGACGAGGAGCAGGGGAUCAGUCAUCAUGAAGAGCGACUUACUGUGAAGAUUGAAGAUGGAGAGAAAAGUGAAGAUGAAGAGAAACAUAACUCAAAGUUAUAUCAACUGAAAACUGAAGACAACAGAGAGACAGAAGCUCUAAUCAGCACCUCAGCUGAACAAAUGGAAACAGAACCGAAUGGAGGGGACUGUGCAGGAGCAGAACCAGACAGGAACACGGGUCCAGGAUGUUCUUUUCAACAAAGUAAGAUGGCUAUUCACAGAAGACAUCGAUCAUCUAAACUUACGGCUCAGAUAGGAAUCCAAGAAGGCAAGAAGACAGAUGGCGGCAGCCCUGGUAGUAAAAAUUUCAAACACAAGACUCAAGAUGAUUUAAACAUGACAAAGUAUGCUGCAAAGGGAAACCACAGCUGUGAUAUCUGUGGUAAAGAAUUUGUAGUAAAGCGUUAUCUCCAGACACAUAUGAGACUCCACACUCAUGAGAGACCGUUUGCUUGUGAUGUUUGUUCUAAAAGGUUCCAUAGAAAGACAAAUCUUAAAAUCCACAUGAUGGCCCAUUCUGGAGAAAAACCUUUUUCCUGUGUGGUUUGUGGUAAGAGAUUUAAGGUAAAGGAAAGUCUUAAAAAUCACAUGAAAAUGCACACCACAGAGAGACCAUUUGUGUGUAAUAUUUGUAGCAAAGAAUUUUUAAGACAAGAAAGUUUAAAAAGUCACAUGUGUAGUCACACAGGAGAGAAACCUUUCAUUUGUAGCGUUUGUAGUAAAGGAUUUUCACGACAUUUGGAACUGAAGAGACACAUGUCUGUUCACACUGGGGAAAAACCAUUUAUUUGUAGUGUUUGCGCAAAAGCCUUUUCCCUGAAAGAUCACCUAAAGAAGCACAUGCAUGUUCACACAGGAGAGAAACCUUUUAUUUGUAGUGUAUGCAGCAAAAGAUUUUCACAAAAACAGAAUCUAAAGAGUCACAUGUAUGUUCAUACUGGAGAGAAACCGUUUGUUUGUAGCAUUUGCAGUAAACCAUUUUCACGACAAGAAAGUCUAAAAACUCACAUGCAUGUUCACACAGGGGAGAAACCAUUUAUUUGUACUGUUUGCAGUAAAGGAUUUUCACAACCAAGAAAACUUAAGACUCACAUGCGUGUUCACACAGGAGAGAAGCCAUUUGUUUGCGGUGUUUGUAAUCAAGGAUUUUCGCAACGCAGAGACCUGAAAAAACACACUGCUGUUCAUACUGGUCAGUUCAGCUGUAGUGAGUGUGAUAAACGUUUUGUGAAGGAAAUCCAGUUGGAGCAACACAUGAGACUCCACUCGAGGGAGAGACCAUUUGGUUGUGACGUCUGUAAAAGCAGAUUUAAUCAAAAAUGUGUUCUUGAAAAUCACAUGAGAGUUCACUCAGGAGAGAAACCUUUUGUUUGUAGUGUUUGUAAAAGAGGAUUUGUGCGACACGAAAACCUUAAGAAGCAUAUGGGUGUUCAUCAAGGGUGCAUUUAAUGUGCACCACUGGUCUACAUGAUAGUAAACAAUUCCCACAGUUAAGAAUCUAAUGACCAUUGAAGUGUGAAUUUAAAGACUCUUUUUCUUCUGUCAUUUAUCAGCUCUACUUCACAAUUUCAAAAACUUUUAUAGAAUUCAAACUUCAACAGAAAUAUUCCCCUCUGAUUACAGGUAUUGUAACCAUUUCAGUGCUCUUUGAAAUCAUAAUUCAACUUCUACGGAGAUAUAAAGUGUCCACUUUCCAACAUGUCAGUAUUCUUAACUCAACAGCCAAAAAUUAUUAAUCGAAAGCAACUCUAAGCAAAUGUGCUUUCAACUCAGCAUUUUUUAUUUAUUUAUUUUUCAGCUUUCUGGAAAUUUGUUCCAGAUUACUAGAGUAUAAAAACUGAAUACUGCUUCCCUGAUUCUGAGAUGGAGAGGUGUAGUCAACUCUCCUACAGGCUACAACUGCAUUGUGGAUUAGCUUCUGAUUUUUUUAGGCAGUAACACGACUGUUGGGGUUAGUCAAUCCAACCAAAGAUGAAUGCAUGAAUGGGUUUAUCUAGAUCUUCCUGGGACAUUAAUCCCUUUUAAAACUUUGAAAUGUUCCUCUGGAGAUAGAUGUUUGUAAUUGCCUUUUUGUGUCUGAAGGUUCAGAUCACUACACUCAGAUUUUGGAUAUCAUCUCUCAUUUCAAACUGUAACGGUUGAAGCUGUGUGUCGACUCUUGAUCAUUCCAAAGAUAACUUCUGUUUUGUUUAGUUAUAUUUUGAAAUUGUAAAUCCUGGAAAGCUAAUUUUCUAAGCAAUUUCUAUUGUAAAACAGAAAAACUUCAAACAAAAUUUCCAUAAAAUACAUUUCAACAAAUAUUUGCUUACUAUAAUUAUGUUAUGAGAGUUCACUAGUCAACAGCAACAUUUAUUCUGACAUUUUCUUCAAAAAUGGAAACGGGAGAGUUAAUCUUUAUAAAGAACUGUUCCCUAAAAUGCAGCAGUUUUUGUUUAAAAACACAAUUUUAUAACAGUAAUAAAGGUCAAACUUCUAUAUGUUUCUUCUGUAUAAUUGCUAUUUAUGCAUACAUUGUUUGCAUUUCCCAUACCAGUGGUAGAGUGAUAUGUUGCACAAUGUAAUUUUGGUUUGAAUAAUGAAAUAAAUUACCUGCUGGUUUAAUAAUUAGCUACAAAAUCUUAGAUUUCCACUAGAGAUGUAAGCUAUCCUCAAAUCUAAUUUACUCACAUGAUCUGUAUUUUUCACUCACCACUGCUUGAAAAUGCUUUUUUUUCGUCAUGUAUAAAAACGAAGCAUGUAAAACACCAUGCUUCGUUUUUAGAUGUGUUCUAAACAACUGUAAUAAACUUAUUUAAAAACCGUUUUGGAUUGAAUUUGAUUCGAUAUUGAUUUAUGUGAGCUGUGCAGAUUUU